UUGUUAUUCAGGCGCGUAAGGUGCAUGAGGGAGAGAUAUCAAUGUUCAAACUUUCCUUCUUCUUGAAAGUGAAACAGUCUGUUUUCUAAAGAAAAUGGGCUCUGUUGUAUGUACAGCUGCAACGUGUGCAUGUUGCUGCUGCCCAACAGUUGCUAGCUGUUGUUGAGCAUGUUGUCCAUCAUGUCGCAGUUCCACAUCUACUAGGAUUGUGUACACACUGUUUCUUCUCGUUGGCACAAUAUUGUCCUGUGUGAUGUUAUCCUCAGGAAUACAAGGUACAAUGGUAGAGAAGGUUCCAUUCUUUAAUGAAGCCUGUGAGGCAGCAACUCUUGGAAAAAACUGUAAUCUGUUGGUCGGUUACUUGGCAGUUUACAGGAUUUGUUUUGGAAUGGCAGCCUUCUUCUUUCUUUUCAUGAUUCUUAACAUUGGGGUUAGGUCCAGUAAGGACUGUCGAGGUGGACUCAACAACGGGUUCUGGUGCCUCAAGUUUCUUCUUCUGGUAGCUUUGUGGGUGGCUGCUUUUUUCAUUCCCCGAGGAAGCUUUGGAGUUGCAUGGAUGUAUAUUGGGUUCAUUGGUGCCUUUCUAUUUAUCCUUAUUCAACUGAUUCUGAUGAUUGACUUUGCACACACAUGGAAUGAGAUUUGGACAUCAAAUGCUGAGGAGAGUGAUAAUAAGUGCUGGUUUGGUGGGCUGUUUUUCGUCAUGUUCCUGUUUUAUGCUUUUGCACUGACUGGGUUUAUGCUCUCGUAUGUCUUUUUCACGCAGUCAAGUGGUUGCCAUCUAAACAAGUUCCUUAUCAGCUUUAACUUCAUCAUGUGUUUUAUCAUCUCAGUGAUAUCUAUUCUACCCAAGAUCCAAGAAGUGCAACCCAAGUCUGGUCUCCUUCAAGCCUCCGUCAUUUCUUUGUAUGCCAGCUAUCUCACCUUGUCAGCUCUUGCCAAUGGACCAACAGAUAAAGUUCAAUCUCAGGGAGGAAACAGCACCAGUCAAGAAAUUUGUGGGAGCUCAAUUGGGACAAUUGAAAACUCAGAGACACUGGCUUUAGUUGUUGGGCUUGCUAUCAUGUUUGUGCUUGUCAUUUACUCAAGUCUGCGAAUGGUAGGGAGUGCUGAUAAACUGGGACCAUCAGGAGGAGCUAGUUCCAACAAAGCUGACGAAGAGAAAAGAGGGCAGGAAAUAAUAAACGACGAAGAAGAAGAAGUGGCUUACAGCUACUCUUUUUUUCACUUUAUUUACUUCCUGGCCUCGCUGUAUAUUAUGAUGAUGCUCACAAAUUGGUACAGCCCCCAAGAAAGCGAUGUGGAGAUUGUUCAGAAGACCUCUGCUUCAGUAUGGGGCAAGAUUAUAUCUUGUUGGCUUGGCUUUGCUCUGUACCUGUGGACACUCUUAGCCCCCAUCUGCUUCCCAAACAGGGACUUUAGUCGUACCCUUGCAGUAUGACAGUACCACAAUAGAACGUUUUGUACUCAGUGGUUACUAUAGAACAAUUUUUAAUUAACUGACGAACGUUAAAGUAGGACUGCAUUACUUUCGCUUGGGUUUACUCACCUACCCUGUCAGAUGCAAAGCUUAAGGCACUUGCUAUUUGGUUACGCGCGGCGUUUUCCCCACGCUUUACGCAAGUUUCAUGUAUAUAAUUUGCCCUGUGCUUUCAUUGGCUUCUUUUGACAUAUCCCUUUACUCUGAUUGGCCCACGUGAUAUUCGAGAUAACUUUGACUGGUUUUGUUUUAACGACACCAGUUGAAGUUCUCUCCAAGCAAUAAAGUAAUAGAGAGAUUUAGCACUGCGUUUACGUGAAACGGCAAACGUCAGCUUGCCCUUUCACGUUUCACGUAAAAUGGCGUCAUCCUUACUUGCUUUAGCUUUGCGUGAGCACGCUUCAUGGGGGAUUUGAAGUUUCCCUUCUAUGACUUAUAAGGAAUGGUUUUAUGCUAUUUUUUGGCAAUUAACUUCUGCUCUGUGUGAGAAAAAGUGAAGAAAAUCUUACCUACACGGGAAGUGCAAAAUAAGUUACUUUCACGGCGUAGAAACGGAAAAGCACAGAAAUGGCGGGAAAAACAAGGUCACGUAGUCACUCAUGCGGUACAAGUUUCACGCAAACGUGGUGCUAAAUCUCUCUAAUGUUUAGAUUGUGUGUAACGAGUAACGCGAGCUAAGCUGAUUAGCCAAAAUUUUUAUUUUGUUUGUGUGUCACAAAAA